CAACGGCGCAGCAGCAGCAGCACACACUCUCUCCCUCGUCCCUCCCAUCGCCCUCGAGGUGGUCGUUCCUCUCAACGCCGGCGAGCUCAGUCCCUCCCUUUCGUUCAGCCGCCGGACUGAUCUUGACGCCAUCGCAAGUUGGAGCUUCGAAGCUCACUCGGUCCCUCACUCCUGCUCGUGCAGCUAACGCCUCAGACUCUCAGCAGUGGAAGCACAGUCGCCGGGCUCGCCUCCUGCCUCCAUCGCGAAGCUCUCUCCCACCGUCACCGGCCCAUCUCUGUUCCUCCGUCGCAAGCUCUGUUCCUGCCUCCGUCGCCAGCUCUGUUCUAUGCUUCGUUGCUUCUAGCUUCUAGUGAAGCACAGUCGCCGGGAUCGCCUCCUGCCUCAGUCGUGAACUCUGUUUCACCGUCGCCGACGCCAUCUCUGUUCCACUGGCCAGUGCUACUGCCCCUGGAUCUGCUCUGCUCUGUUCUGUUCUGUUCUAUACUUCUAGCUUCUAGGGCUAUAAAUUCGCACAGCAAAAAAAGAUACGUAUAUAAAGUAUGAAUUGCUCUUCCAUCAAAACCCUCUUUCCUGUUGCCUCUUCUUAGCCGCCAUUCCCUUCUCUUUAAUGAAGAGGUAGCAGCUGCAGCAGCACUUCUUUACUCUCUCCAAACGACAACAACGAACUCCGUUUUGUUUGGAUCGCAUUUUGCGUUUUGCGUUCUGCCCCUUUUUUUAAACUCUCUGCUUAAUGGGAAGGGUUAGUGGAACCGAGAAGCAAGAGUUUAGGGAGAUGGAGGAGACUGAAUUCACUGAUUCUCAGCUAAUUUGUCAUGUUAGAGAUGCACUUUUAGCAGUCACUUUGGGUGACAGAGAGAAUUAUGAUGAGCUUGUUGGUUAUUUGCACCGGAAAGAGAGUCUUAAUCCCGAUCAGAUUGCUCUACUUGAGACAACUUUGAAGGCACUCUCUGGAACAGUCUCAUGCAUAGAUUCUGUUCAUCACGAAUCUCUUCUUUCUGCAAUUUAUAGAAUGAGCCUGUGGAAUUAUGGAACUUCUAUUAUGGAUGCACUGAUUGAGCUUAUUGUAUCCUUGGCUGCUUCAAAUGGGAAAUAUAUCGAUUGGUCUUUGGAGUUGCUUGUGAAUAACUUCACUCCACCUUAUCAUCUCAUGGAUAGUCUGAAGCAGGAGAGUGGAAUUGAAAAGAAGAAUAAAGUUCUGUCUCGUGUGCAUGCUGCUUUUGAAGCCAUAGCUGUUUUGGUGCCUCUUGCCCCUUUGCGACUCUCUCCAAUAGUUGUCCAGAGGAUGCCCUUAACCUACAGUAAGGGACCGGAGAUUCUCAUGUACGUGGAGAACAUGUUAAAGUUGGAAAGUGGUGCAAUUGGAGAAAUUGUUGGUGUUACGAUGCUGCCUGCUAUUGUAGAUAGGUUGAUAGAACUCGAUGUCGAAAUUGGAUGGGAUGGCCUCUUGCAGGAAGAUGCCAAAGGCAUAUUUGAAAUGGAAUUAGAGGAUGCCGAAUUUGCGGAUGGGGAUGGGGAUGAUAAUAUGCCUGCUGCAGAAUAUUUAAAUAGGAAAAGUUUGGAGGGAAACACAAUUGCUGAGAAAUUAGAUAGCUUGAUUGAGCUGACUUUUUUGCAUCUUGAGUCCUGUCAAAGCAGUGGCCGUUUGUCUGAGGUAUUUGAUGUUCUAGUGAGAUCAUUUCAAAGGACUAUUUUGAAUGCCUACAAAUCAAAAUUCACCCAGUUUGUGGUGUUCUAUGCAUGUGCACUUGAUCCUGAAGAUUGUGGGGAGAAGUUCGCCAUGGUUCUUACAGAGAUGUUUCUUAGCAAUGUUAAUCCCCCCAAUACUAGGAUGAGUGCUGUUGCUUAUCUUGCUAGUUAUUUGUCCCGUGCAAAGUUUGUUUCAGCAGCAUUGGUUGCUAGCAUCUUACAAAGAUUGGUAGAUUGGUGUCUUAACUAUUGCAAGUCACAUGAUUCCGUUAUGAACCCGCGAGCACAUCAAGUUUUUUAUUCUGGUUGUCAGGCGCUCAUGUAUUUGCUGUGUUUUCGAUUGAGAUCUCUGAUGGAUGCUCCAAGGCUCAAAAUGCAACUUCUAAAUAUGCCCAUGGAGCCAAUCUUGCAACAUAAAUUGAAUCCUUUGAAGGUUUGUCUUCCUACUGUAGUAGUGGAAUUCCUAAGACAAGCAAAGGCUGCUAAGCUCUUCAUGACAUCGGAAUCAUUUGCCUUCGAUGAUAUGCUCGAAUCUGAUCUUUCAAGGGCAUUUGGCGGGAUAGAUAGACUCGACAUGUUCUUUCCUUUUGAUCCUUGUUUACUGAAGAAAAGUGAAAGUUAUAUAAGGCCACAUUUUGCACGCUGGUCAAAGAUCAAAUGUGAUGGCGCCGAUGAUGGCGAAUUCAGUGAAAGUGGCAGCGAUGCAUCUGAUGACGAAUUUGCCGACAUGAAUGAGAAUGAUACGAUUGAAGAUGACAUGACAGUGAGUGUACAAGCAGGUUUGGAUUUCAAUCCUGACUUGAAUAGAAUGUCAAUCACACCCAAGAACAAGUCUUUGUUGCAUUUUCAACAGCAAAAUGCAAGAAUGCCCGCAAGAAUCAGACCAUCCACUAGUCCAGAGUCUUUGUAAUGAUAUUCUUGUGUCGAAAAACAUGUCAAUUUUGCAUAUGUUUUGGUGUGGUAGGAUUAGGAAGUCUUGUUGGUGUUCUUUAUAGUGAAGAAAACAGCGGGGAGCAUUGUGCAGUGUUUUGGGGUAUUUUGCUCCCAUAUUCGGGCAAUUGUAAGUGUAGUUUUUAACGUCUGUACACUUUGUGCUGCCUAUUAAAGAAAAUGAGUAGAGGAGCCAACAGUUUUAA